AUUCCAUGGUAAGGAGCAGGGCUGUUUCAGAGAAAAGAAUGUGCAGUAUGAACUCUAAAUUCGGUGAUGGGUUAAAAUAAAUAUCAUUCUCUGUUUAGAUGACCAUGCAAAAACUUCGAUGUUUUUUCUAAUGAUCUUUGAAAGAACAUAGAAAACUGUAACAACUGAGGGAAUGUAUUGAACUGUGGGAUGGGGAAUUAUCUAGAAGCCUUUUCUUAUUGUCAAGGAUCUGCCAACUAUUCUUGAUGUCAUGGUCUUCACUAUCACUGCCACAGUUUGUUUAAAACUGCUGAAGAUCUACAGUUCAUUUUGACUGCUGCAACUAAACUUUUAUAUUUAAAAGUGUGUAUAGAUAUUGAUUUAGUCGUUAGAAAUGGAAUCCAAAACCGCAAAGGCAUUGGAUAGGGUUGUGCUCAAUCUGAAGCGAAAGCGAGCUGCCCAGUAUGUUGCAUAUCUGAAUGGAGGUUCACGAUCAGUGUUUCCUCAGUGUCCAUCAUUUGGGUUACCAACAAACAGGGUUGGCAAACGAAUGAGAUUGGGCAGACAUAAAAGCAAGACAACAAACUCUGGGAUCCAUAUUGGACAGUCAUUAGUUAGGUAUUAUUUAAACUACAAAAGGAGUGGAAGGCCAGAACGUUUGAUGUUCUAUCAGAAUGGUGAAUGGCUAGACUUCCCCAAGGAUGUUGUUGACAUUGUUAAGAAAGACCUUCAAGUGAAGAAGGAGGCUGUGGAGGUAGAGUUAAAUGGUCAUCAUCUUGUUCUAGAUUUUUUGCACAUGUACCGGAUGGAUUUGAAGACUGGUUUGCAGCAGCCUAUUGCUUGGAUUGAUGAGAAAGGGUGCUGCUUUUUCCCUGAAAUCUAUGCUGCUUUUACUGAACCUUAUCAUUUCUGCCGACCAGAGGUUGGAAAAGGUCAUGACUCAAAUGAAAUAAAAUUACAUUUAGAAAUUGAAAUAAAUGGUGGGGAUGAAUCCAAGUUGAGGGAAUGCAGUGGGGAAACCAAUGCUCUAGUUCAGCAUAUUGAGGUGGAUGCUAAACAAGCCUGCAGUCAAUAUGAUGUAGGAGUUGAAGAUAGCAAUAACAAAAUGGACUGUGGAAAUGGUGGUGAAGCCACUAAGAAAAAUAAAAAUACUGGUUUCAAUGCUUAUAGUGAAUUUUUAUAUGGAAAGUUAGAUGUGGAUACUGUACAGAUUAUGUUCCUCAAUGGAAUGAGUAGUUUUGGAAGUACUGACAUAGUUGAAAUUUCUCGUUGUUCCAUUCCGUUGAUGCAACCACGAUUGGAGCUAUUCCAGAAGCAAGCUGAGAUUACUAAAAGCUGUCGUGGGGAUGCUAAUGUUCGAUAUGCAUGGCUUGCUUCUUCCAAAGGAGAACUAUCUGCCAUCAUGAAGUAUGGGGUUGGUCACACUGUACUAUCUGCAUCUAAAUGCACAUAUGGCAUUGGUGUUCAUCUUGCAGCUGCAACCUGCCCUUAUGCCAGUGCAAGUUAUUGUGAUGUUGACGAAAAUGGGGUUCGGCACUUGGUCUUGUGUCGUGUAAUAAUGGGGAACAUGGAGCUUGUCCAUCCUGGCAGUAGACAGUUUCAUCCCAGUAGUAAUGACUAUGAUAAUGGGGUAGAUGACGUUCAAAGUCCGAGUUACUAUGUAAUAUGGAGUAUGAACAUGAACACCCACAUCUAUCCAGAAUUCGUUGUUAGUUUCAAGGUUUCUUCUGAUGUUGAAGGCCAUCUUUGUGGAGUUGAUAGUAAAAGUAAUGUUGCUGGGAUUAAUAAAGCUGAUCAUGGUCCUCAGGGCUUGUUAACUUGUGAUUCUUCUACAAUAGAUACUGAGAAAGCUGCAAGUGUCAUUGCUAGUGCGCCAAAAGCUCCUAAAUCCCCAUGGAUGCCUUUCCCUAUGCUUUUUGCUGCUAUCACAAAUAAGGUUCCUCCCAAAGAUAUGGAAGCUAUCAAUAUGCAAUAUCAACAAUUCAGGUCAAAGAAGAUAACCCGCAAUGAGUUUGUCAAGAACUUGAGGUUGAUAGUUGGGGAUACUCUCUUGAGGACCACAAUAACAGAUCUUCAAUGCAAGAUGCCAUCAAAGCUACGUGUGAACUAGGGCCAAACAACGAAGGAGGCUGAAAUCGUUUUUUUCUAAGGAGGUGACGAUCCUUGUACUUGAUUUGUCGCUAUAACAUGGACAAGCAAAACUUGUGAAUAUCGGUAGCUAUUAGAUUUUAUUUAGUGCUUUUCGUUCUCAUCCUCGAAUUUGAACCCGGAAUGCACUAGCAGUUGGAACUUUAUUUUUUUUGGUUAAGAGCCAUUGGAACUUUGUUCUAGAUGAUUUGAGCCAUCUGUGAUCAGAUGCACUGUCGAGCCUAAUAAUUUUGCUUGUAUUAGGGGGGUUUCGUAAUUAGUACUCUGCUUUGGAAUGCUCUAUACAUAUUUGUGUCUUUUCGCAGUUGAAAAUGAGUUUUACUUCUACUGUUGGUUGUUGAAUUGAAGCAGUAUUUUAUGUA